AUGCUGUGCAGCGGCCGCAUUAUUCUCAAGAAGAAAUGGAUUCCUCCACUUGGUUACCGGCCGAAGGAUUUCGAGAGAAAAUUGCGUUCUCCGCGUUCGUCGAAACCGUGGCGCGACCGCCGCGCGGCAUCGGGUGGGCAGAUUGAGGUUUCACCGAGUACCGCGGCGACGAACAUUCCGCGCGGUGACCUUGUCUUUAGGCCCCCGCUCGGUAUUCGUGAUGUGCGACCGGGCUCUCCUUCGGCGCUUCUUCCAACCUUUGGAUUUUCAGAAGAGCAUCUUGCUGCGCAUGCUCUUCCCGCUGCGGGGUCGCAGGUGGAAGGCGGGGAUGUGUUAGCUGUAGCGGACCCACGGUCAGCAUCACAUCUGACGCUACCAUUUGGGAGGGCACUAAACGUUAAUGUUGAAGAAAUCAAGACAUAUGAGGAGGGACCUGUGCCCAUACACCUUCAGCAAUUCCGGCGUAGUAGGCGGGAAGCAGCCGAUUCCAUCAUUCUACCUCGCCAUAUUAACCGACUGUUCCAUAAAAUAAUGGGUUGGUCGGAAGACCUCGUGAAAGUGGAAAUGGAUGAAGCCCCAACCCCAAACACAGGUGGAGUGCCCUCUGACACCGCGGCAGUGCGUGCGAAGGAAGCACAGGAGUCUGAAGUUCCGUUGCUGAGGAUGAAAUACGAUAACGUUGUGGACAAGAUGAAGUAUGGUGUUCUUCUUGACAAUUAUGAGAAGGACAAGUUUGCGAUCGAACACCAACUUGAGAUUGCUGGCGAGAAGUUCGAGCGGAAGUUCCUUGACUGGGAGGGUAUGCAUGUUCUCGAUCAGGACCCCAGUGCGGCAGUGCGCGAGGUGCUUGAGAACAAGGCAUCAAUAGUAAUGGAACAACCAUCCUCGUUUGCCAUACCUGUAGUGAAUCGUGACUGCUGCCGCGGGUGUGGUGCGCUUCUGCAGGACCAAGAUGAGAACUCUUUCGGGUAUGUGCGGAAAGGUGAUGUGGAGCGGUACAUCAUUGAGAAACAACAGAAAAUGAGGGCGCGUGCUGAGUACGCGGAUCGAAUGUCUGAGCUGCAGGCGCACUGGCGGAAACAUGGUCGGCGUGUGGGCGAGGAGUGGCUGGAUUUUAUGACCCAGGAGGAAUUUGAUGCCUUUUACCGAGAUAGGAACGCGCCGUUUGUAUGCCACCGCUGCCACGCGCUAGAGAACCUCGGGGUGGAGGGGCGGCGUCGCAUAUGGUCAGCACCGGACUUCACUGACAAGUUGCGUGCCCUUCGUGAGAAGAAAUGUGUAGUGGUUCUUGUUGUUGACGUAACAGAUUUUCCUGGGACUAUGGUGUAUGACCUCCCGGGCCUCAUAUCGAUGAACAAUGAUGUGAUAAUUGCUGUGAAUAAGAUGGAUUGUGUUAGGAAUCGCUCCUUCAACUACCGAGGCAAGGAUCGUGCGGUCGCUGCUUGCCUUGUGACCGAGCGGUACGUGAGACGGUGGGUGACUGGGAUCGCCGUUCAGUUUGGACUACCACGUCACCAGAUAAAGGACGUGAUUCCUUUGUCUGCGAAGCGUGGUUGGAAUGUAGAGGCUCUAAUAGCGGCUGUGGAGGAGGCCUCCAACCUCAACCUUCGGCGACCAACAAAACCCAUACCGACGUAUUUCGUUGGUGUUGCGAAUGUUGGGAAGUCCUCCGUUAUUAACGCCAUUGCCCACAAACUGUAUGUGCCUCUGCCACCCCACCCGGAGAGUCGGAAGGUAUACUACACGAAGAAGGCACCGGAUGGAAGUGAGUCUGUUUUCUGGCGGUGGUACACACCUCCUAAUGUGAACCAGGCGGAAAUGAUUGACAUUCCAUCUCGGCACGACAAGAAAGCCUCGAAGCUGGUAACUACCUCCUCCUUGCCUGGUACCACGGUUGACGCUGUUGCAGUGCGCGUUUCGCUGAGUAAAGGCGCGGAGAAGGGCCGUGCACAUCUGUUCGACACACCCGGCCUCCUUCCGCAUUGGCACCGUCACUCACCCCUGACGCUACUACAGAUGCGACGCACCCUCAUUCGCAAGUUCCGCAAUCCUCAGUGCUUUAUCCUGGUGCCUGGGAACACAUUGUUUCUCGGAGGCCUCUGUGCCGUGGACGUAGUGAAAGGAACGUCGCGCGGGAUGCUUUUCAUGGUUUACACGUCGCAGAAGGUACGUAACGCCAUCAUUAACACAGACCGGUCGGAUGAGUUUUGGAGGGAACAACUUGGUCGUGCGCUUGACCCACCCGGAUCUGUGGAACAAGUUGGUGAUCUUCGGCUCACGGAGUCGAGGAGCUAUUUGUUUGAAUGCUACCAGCGUAACCGAAAGCGGCCAAAGGCGGAUAUCUAUUUCUGCGGACUUGGCUGGGUUGCGUUCUGUGUGAAUGAGCCCGCAGAUGUGGUACUGCGUGUGCGGACCUUACCGGGAGUAGUGCAUGGUGUGCGCGAACCGUUGCGGUACAAGGACCUACUGGCAUUUAAAGGGUGGCCGAAACUGCGGCGUCGUUUCACUUCUGCCGGUGUUCCUAAUGACGAGGAGGAUGAUGACAACUCCAUUGCCACCGUUGUACGACUGACUGCUGGAGGUGGUGCUUGUGGGUUAUCCGCUGCACCUGUGUGCGGCUCACCGGAAGAAGAUGUUGAUGGUCCUGCAGUACGGGUUGUUCGCAAGUCGGUCUUGCCGAAACCCAUUCCGGCGUCGUCCACUCCUUUCGACGGCGUUGUUGAGGAACUGAGCCUAUCGGGACAAGCGGGAGGCGGUACGGGUGCGGGGAUGUGA